ACAUGUCGUACGAUCAGCUGAAGUACACACGAUCAAGGCAGGGCAGUAAGGAGGAUCAAGCCUGCACCUGGGAACAGCGACCACUCUCCCUGCGCCAGAUUGAUGCGUUGGUGAAGGAUGUUGUGUACCUUGGAGAGCUUGCACAUGUGUGCCUCAAGAAGAUGCUGCAAAAGUUCCGCAUGGGUGUGGAGUUCUUUCUUGGCCUGUAUCGAGACUGCAGUGAAGAGGAACUGCAAUGCUUGCCCCCGGAUCACAUUUUGCCCACGGGCUUCAGGGAUGCCCUCAUGCUUAGUGCCAUGCACGCGGCACCAUACAGGACUUGGAGAAGCUAUAAUGAGGGCUGCUACAGAGAACAUGGACAUCUUGCCAGAAGGGAUAACAAUCGCAACCACCACCAUUACCGUGACAGCUUGAGACAUGGCCAUGGAUUUUCCUCGAUGAAUAAUGACCGUGUGCACUCCAGGCAGCCGAGAGACUCGUAUCACCAAGAAGAAUGCAAUCAAAAACAGAAUGACCACUACAAUGUAAAGGAAGGAAAACGCAUGGAGGACUCAUUGCUUUACAUAGCAAUGCAGCUACAGACCAACGAAACGUCCACGGAAUUGUCUGAUCCCGCAAGGGACCCAGCUCGGAAGAGCAAUGUGGGUGAAUCCAAAAAGCUAAAUGCCAGUUCCGAGCCUACUGAAUCUACACAAGAAGAGCCUGCCACCUCGGCUUUCCAAGAUCACUGCCCUGUAUCUGAUGGAAACAAUGAAGACUCUAAGGCAGAUAGAGACGCUACAGACGAGUCACACCUGCAAGGAGAGCCUGCCACCUUAACUCUCCAAGAUCACUGCCCUGUAUCGGAUGGAAACAAUGAAGACUCUAAGGCAGAUAGAGACGCUACAGAUGAGUCACACCUGCAAGAAGAGCCGGCCACUUCAGCUCUCCAAGAUCACUGCCCUGUAGCCAAUGGAAACAAGGGCGACUCAAAGGCAGAUAGAGACGCUACAGACGAGUCACACCUGCAAGAAGACCCUGCCACCUCAGCUCUCCAAGAUCACUGCCCUGUAGCCAAUGGAAACAAGGAGGACUCAAAGGCAGAUAGAGACGCUACGGACGAGCCACAACCGGACACCAGUUCCUGCAGCUUCGAGCUUGAUGUUCGCUUCCCUGCACCUCGAUGUAGUAGUAUGGGAAAUGGCGGGGAUGCUUUCCGGCAGAUGCUGUCCCAGCACUGUAGUGGCAACGGGCGUCCAUGCAACAUUCCUUCUGCCAACCAUGAUAGCGGGCACCAUGUUGAAGUUCUAACAGCUAAGCAUUCUAGUGAUAACGUGCUAGCUUUGCCGGAGACACUAGUGGAGCAUUGUAAUGGAAGCGCCCGCAGAUUUGACACCAUGCAGCAUAAGUCAUUGGUCCAAGUGAGCAGCCAGUCUUCAUCACCCCCUCAUGUGGAACGCCAGCAGGGUGUGUUCACUGAAAGCAGGCCAGUUCCCGGGUGGAACCACAAUUUCAGCCCCAAUACGGAACCUGCUGUUGAUAAGGAAAGAGCACCGAAGUCCCCAAGUUCAGAGGGCAAAUCGGCCAGUGAAUGAAAACAAAAAAAAGGCACCUCUUUUAGGCCGGUAGAUAUGAUAGUCACAAAGUAUCCUGGUUAAAUUGAGGCUAUCUUUCUAAUGCACUGCACUACUAGUCUGAAAUGGAUUUUGUAAUCAACUGCAUUGUUCUUUGUUUUACUAUCAUUGAGCCACAACAGUGAUCAUGUUGGUUUUACAACUCUAAUGAACAGUACUUUUACGGUAUUCAUUUUUUUUUUUGCCUCGAGAAAUUGUCCAUCCUCAAAUAUUUUUGUGUCAUUGUACUGUGGCAUCAUUCACUUAAUUUAUAGUAUAAUCAUGUCCAUUUGUUAUGACAUUCAUCAUCAUGCAUUAUGUCUGUAUAGGAGUGGUCACACCGAAUAAUUUACUAAAUUACAAGAAAAAAUAAGAAUUUGUUUUCCAGAGUGAUUGGUAAGCAUGCCUUGUUUCUAUUUCAAUUCAAUAAUUGCAGUUUCCAGAUAGGUUGAAUGAAGGUGUUCUCCCCAGAGAGCUUUGGUCGAUGAGCCAUCUUGUCAGCUCAACGUAAAUCCACAGGCAAGUAAGUCGUUCAUUCCGCAAUCCACACUUACAGGCUCUCCUGCACCCAUGGGUUUCCAAGAAGUUUGUAACGCAAUGCAUGUUAACCAUGCGUACAGGCUAACAUCUGUACGCAGGCGUGUUGGACAGCUUAGACAUGAGUGAAACAUUGCAAGUAGUAGCUCCACUAUAUGCCCAGAUGUCCACUCCACGUCAGAUGCGAGCCGGUUUCACUCAUAGAUUUGGUCCUCCACAAGACAGCAUUCUUUCAUUAACAUCAAGAAGUAAAUGAUUUAGCAUAACACGCAAGAACUUCAGGGGUGCCAAAUUGUUUUUUUUUUUUUAUUUCUCAAGGUUGUGUUUUUUUCUCUUAUGUACACUAAAGAAGGCUGGCUGCAAAUUUAAUGUUACUACUAUUUGUAUUUGUAAAUAAGCUAGCAGUUCUUCUCAUUCACUGGUGAAGAUUGCACCUCCGUCAGAACAUGAAAAUAAACAAAAAGAAGUAGUCACGCACCACUGAGCGUACUAAGUAGUUCGUACAGUUCAACACAAAUCCACAUUUGAGGGCUUGUGCGAUUCAAAGUCUCUCCUCAAAAACUUUCAACUUUUUCUUUACCUAUAUACAAAACUUGUAAACCAAGGACGACCUUGCUGUCAUCUUUGUCAAGUGCCUCAUCCAACAACAAAACUCUACUGAGUUGAUUAACAGAUAUUGCAUACAUCAACACUGAAACAGAAAAUCUUGUCUUGCUAAAUAAACGUCAUUGCAUUUGC